UAAACACUGUUCGGUUCACGUGGAGAUAAAACCGACUAUGGCACCAAGUCUGGAGCGGUUUGUCAGUCCUGGAAAAGGUAAUGGUCUGCGGGCGACAGCCAGGAUCAAGACAGGAGAGCUGGUGUACUCCGCCGAGCCGCUGGCCUGCUGUGUGUCCAACAGACUGGCUAGAGAUGUCUGCCACCGCUGCUUCACACGACAGGAGACCUUGUUGAGGUGUUCACAGUGUAAGAUGGCUCGCUACUGCAAUAUCACUUGCCAGAAACAAGCGUGGUCUGGCCAUAAGAGAGAGUGUAAAUGUCUGCGGAGCCUGUUACCCAGAAUUCCCACUGACUCAGUCUGUCUGGCUGCGAGACUCAUCUUCGCCUUGUUAAGUCCAUCUAAAGGCACUAAUGAGGAGCUAUACACUUUGGAGGAGCAUGAAUCACACCUGAGUUCUAUGUCUGAGCAGAAGAAACAAGGUCUGUCUCAGCUGGCUUCCAUGUUAGAGUUAUACCUACAACAGGAAGCACCUGACCUGACACAGGAAAUGACAUCAGCACUGCCGCCUUCCUGCCAAGACCCCCUCAGCCUCAUUGCAAAGGUGACGUGUAAUUGUUUCACCAUCAGUGAUGGAGAGCUGCAGGAGAUUGGAGUUGGGCUGUAUCCGAGUCUAUCUCUGUUAAACCAUGACUGCAGGCCAAACUGUGUGAUGGUGUUUGAGGGAACAAAACUGCAGCUCAGAGCUGUUCGAGAUAUCAACCCUGAAGAGGAGCUCACUAUAACUUACAUUGAGACACUGUCCCUGACCGAAGAUCGACGGAGACAGCUGGAGGACCAGUACCAUUUUACCUGCAACUGCCGACAAUGCGACUCUCAAGACAAAGAUGGACUCAUGCUGUCUGGUGAAGAAGCAAAAUGGAGGCUGUUGAAUGAGGCUCUACCCAGAUUGGAAGGACUGAAAGCAGAGUCGAAUUGGCCAGCACUACUAGAGACCUGUAGUCAUUUGUUAUCAACUGUUGGUGGCGACGUGCCUGAUGGAAAUAUCUACAAGCUCAGAAUGACAGAUAUGGCUUUAGAUGCCUCCAUUCACCUGGGACACUGGGAGCAAGCUGUAAGAUAUGGGGAGAGGACACUUCCAGUAUACAGGCAAUACUUCCCUGAUCCCCAUCCUGUCCAUGGAGUCCAGCUGAUGAGAGUUGGAAAGCUGCAACAUUACCUGGGACACAUCAAGGAUGCUUUGGACACAUUCAGACAGGCCUAUCAGAUCAUGAAGGUCACCCACGGUGAUGAUCACCCUUUCACCACUGAUUUGUUGAUGAAGAUGGAAGAAUGUCGCACUGAGAUGGAUCAACAGUAACUCAGCAGUCACUAACACACAGCUGCUACCUGAGUCCUUUAGAUGCAACUCAAUGUACAGAUUUUACUUUCUAACACCACGAGUGUAUCCUUCAGCUUCAAUCCAUCAGAUUUUUGAUAAAUAAAAUUUAAAAAAAAUUCUUAGACUGUGGCUUGAAGAAGUUUAAAUUAAAUUUGGCAGCUGUAGAAUAUCAGGUAUAAAGUGUUUUGGUUGACAGCUUGUGUUGACACAUUGACAUUUAUACCAUGAUGCUUUAGCCGCUUUGGUUUGGUUUAUAGCCUGUUAUUCCCUGUUUAAGUGAAGUUUGUGGACAUACAAAGCAAAAGAUCUUAGUCCCCCCCAUAUCUGUGUACGUGUGUGUGUGUGUGUGUGUGUGAGAGAGAGAGAGAGAGAGAGAGAGAGAGAGAGAGUUAGUAGACCCCUGUCUGCUGUUUGUAAUCUAUAGAUUCCAUCGUGAUGAGUGAUCUCAUGGCCAUAGUUGCGUGCGUGCGUGUGUGUGUGUGUAUGCGUGUGUGUGCAUGUGUGUGCGUGUGUGUGUGUGGGGCACAUGCAUGUGUGUUGUUUUAGUAAUCAGGUUUUCAAAACACCCAUCUUUCCUCUAUACAUAUCCAUCACACACACUUCCCAUGUUAAUCCCUGUUUUUUGUGUUACUCUGUCACUGUGUGACCUCCAAGUUAGGCCCAGAGUGUGUUUAUGAUGGAAUGGGUUCAUGGGUUCCUCCCUCUCUCUCUCCCUCUCUCUCUCUCUCUCUCUCUCUCUCUCUCUCUCUCUCUCUCUCUCUCUCACACACACACACACACACACACACACACACACACACACACACACACACACACACACACACACACUUCCCAUGUUAAUCCCAAAAUUCUACCAUUGGCAAACUGAUGACAGCAUUUCCUCUGAGAGGGAAAACCUGUGUAUGUGUGGUUUAUGGGAGGAUUUGAGUGAUAUUAUGUUUGCUUUAAGGUUACCAAUAAAAGGUUUUGCUUUUGUGCCACUUUUUGCUCUCUCAGUACUGCAAUAAUCAACAUGUUAAAAACCCCCAAAUCCUCCAUCCAUCCUGGAUUAUUCAUCUGUUCAGCAUAAAAAAUACUGUCAAAAAAUAUGUAGCUUUUUUUUCUUUUUAAUUAUUGACAA